AGGGUUACUUGCUCCUCCUUCCCGAAUUCUCAGCAUCUCCUAUUGAACUGAAGAUCUGCUGUUUUCUUCCACUGAUUUCUCUCCUUGUAUUGCCAUUUCAGUGCAAGGAAGAAUAACAGACCUGAAGCUCACGCAAAGAUUGAAGAACAGAAAUUAUUGAGACAAUGAAGAAACUAAUCACAAUGCUCGCUGUGGGUGCAGUCCUAUCCUUGGGUUAUGUAGAUUCUGAAGAAACUAAAGGAUCCCUGCACAAGGAAAAAGAAAGAGCAAAGAGGCAGGUCCAAAAAACAUUGACUAUCACCACUAUCCUGGAACAACCCUUCGCAAUGAUGAGCGGAUCAGAAAUGGAAGGCUUCUGUUUAGACUUGCUUACUGAACUCUCCCAAUCUGUGGGCUUUAAUUAUACUAUAAAUGUCGUGAAAGAUGGACGAUAUGGGGCCAAAGACCAAGAUGGAAACUGGAACGGAAUGGUCGGAGAGAUUGUUAAAAAGGAAGCUGAUUUGGCGGUGGCGCCUUUAACAAUUACUUCAGCCAGAGAAAAUGUGAUAUCCUUCACUAAGCCAUUCUUGCAAACCGGAAUCAGUAUACUGCUGAGGAAAGAUCCUUCUUUUGAGAGCUCAACACUUUUUGGUUUCUUAAGUCCCUUCAGUAAUGAAACAUGGAUUGGAAUACUUAUAGCUUACUUAAUCACCAGCCUCUGCCUGUUCCUUGUUGGCAGGCUAAGCCCUUGUGAAUGGAAUGAACUUUCCAGUGAAGAGAACAAACUCACCUUUCUAAACAGCCUGUGGUUUGGAGUGGGUGCUUUUACUCUUCAAGGUGCUGAACCCCAUCCAAAAUCUGUUUCUGCCCGUAUUAUAGCAGUCAUCUGGUGGGUGUUUUCCAUUACCCUCUUGGCUGCUUACAUUGCCAGCUUUGCUGCGUUUCUGAACAUCGGCAAUGAACAAACCACAAACAUCCAAACCUUUGAAGACCUUGUCAAACAAAGAAAACUUGAAUUUGGGACAAUCAACAGCUCCUCUACUUUCCAGUUUUUCAAGAAUAAUAAGAACCCAACCUACCGAAUGAUUUAUGAACAAAUGGAGAAAAAUAAGGAUCGUGUUCUUGUAAAGUCUUUCUCUGAAGGAGUGAGACGUGUGAGAGAGACAAACUAUGCCUUCCUUGGAGAAUCUGUUAUGCAGGACCUUGUGGUUGCCCAACAUUGUGACCUUGCCCGUGCCCCUGAAGUCAUUGCUGGUAGAGGAUAUGGCAUUGCAGCUUCACUAGAUUCUCCACUCAUCAAACCUCUGACAGUUGCAAUUUUGGAACAAAUUGAAUCUGGUAAUGUAGAUUACCUCCGGGAAAAGUGGUGGGAAAACACCUGUUCUUCGAAAGGCAGUGGAGGGUGGACCCCCGUGAAGCCGCGGAUGCUGGGUGGAAUCUUUCUCAUACUCGGAAUUGGCCUAGCUUUGGGAAUAAUUGUGUCGUUGAUGGAACUAGUGUGUAAAGCAAAGAAUAAUGCAAACCAACAGAAGAAGUCCUGUUGCUCUGCGUUCUCAGAAGAAAUUAGUCAAAGAUUCAAAACAAGGAAAGAAACGGAGGAGAGUACAGAAAAGGCGAAACCAUAAGCAGGCUUCCGAGGAGAAA